AUGAACGACCUCAAGGCACCGAACUUCAUCCCUCCAUGGGCAACGUCCUUGUUAGGGGGAAACCGGAAGGAUGUCGCCGUUCCUUCAAAGGAAGCAGGGUCUCACAACGACAAUGUCCGGACCGAUAGUGCUGGGGUGAACCCCAAGCUCUCCGGCAAGCAGGGUGACAGGACUGCCAACGUCUACCAGGUGGAUUCUUCAGAAGCCCCGAAUGACACUGAUGGCUCUGACGAAGUCGACGACAACAACGACGAUGACGAUGAAGACGGACUCCGCAAUCUGCCACGGUCCUUGAGCCUUGAGACAGAACAUACAGACAGCGACGCGGCCCGUCCCCAAAGCAGCUCGUCCCGUGCAGGAGAAAAGCAGCCAUCUUUUCAAAGUGAGAACAGGCUAGCAAGAGCCGAGUCAAGCGCGGGAUACGAGUCACUAAAGCCGAAGCACUCUGUGCCUCGUCUUGAUAGGGAUCACAGUGGCGGCGCCGACACAGGUUUCCCCGACCGCAGUUAUUUGAUGGACGAAGAUACAGCCUUCGACGAGACGACCCAGUUUGAGCAUUCUACUUUCGAGCACGACACCAUGGACCAGGACCCCCGUAUCGGAGCCGCCCGAAAACAAGCCAGCCCGAUUCUCGGCGAACAUCCAGCUGAAAGCCGACGGUCUACGUCACGGCUCGCGGCAGAGUCAGAUCCAGAUUCGCAGCUAGAGCAGGAGCUAGAGUCUGAGGGUGAGACAACAGAUGGACCGCCAUCCGCUGCCUCGACCACGCAAGCGGACUCCGCACGGAAAAUGCAAAGGCUUGGUCCAACGCGAAGUCGGUCAGCACAUGACGAGGGUAUGGGCAGCGGCAGCAGCGCGGAUGUAGACGAACUUGAGAUGGAAGACUGGGAGGUGGCGCCGGGGCGGAUCCGUGAUGAGAGGGCACCAGCCGCAGAAAACAUUGCUUUCUCCAAUUCGUACCUGACCACCAACCAACCUAUCUCCAUCUCGCCUGACGUCAGCUUCAACGUGGUUGUCGUCAAGCCCGGUUGCACGACACAGUGGGAUGCCGUAGAAGGACGGCUACGUGUUUGCUCUGUGGCGACGGGCAAAGUGAAGGUACAAAUGGAUGGCGCAAAGUUUCAGUUAGGGCCAAACAGUAUGUGGAAGAUCCGGCCGGGGUCCAAGUGCUUGGCUACGAAUCGGCUGUACACUGAUGCAGCCCUACAUGUUACGACGAUCACAGAGGCGUGA